CCCCCCCCCCCCCCCAAAAAAAACGUCCGGGUUGUGUCUCCAGCAGGCAGCAAACAUCGACUGCGGGUCGACACUGUUGGAAUUAACCGGAGAGGGGUCUUGAGAGGACAGCCCCACUUGGACGCCCAGUCAUUGCGUUCGUCCAAGGUUUCACCAUGAACCGGAACAAGCGCGAGAAGGAGUACUACAGCAUCGAUGUGGGCGACUCGACUUUCAUGGUUAUAAAGCGCUACCAGAACCUCAGGCCCAUCGGAUCCGGAGCACAGGGAAUUGUCUGUUCGGCGUACGACCACAACUUUGAGAGGAACGUCGCCAUCAAGAAGCUGAGCCGGCCGUUUCAGAACCAGACCCACGCCAAGCGGGCCUACAGGGAGCUGGUGCUGAUGAAAUGUGUCAACCACAAGAACAUAAUCGGCCUAUUAAAUGUAUUCACACCACAGAAGACACUGGAAGAAUUCCAAGACGUGUAUCUAGUGAUGGAGCUGAUGGAUGCCAACCUCUGCCAGGUGAUUCAGAUGGAGCUGGACCACGAGAGGCUGUCCUACCUGCUCUACCAGAUGCUGUGUGGAAUCAAACACCUGCACGCUGCCGGCAUCAUACACAGGGACCUGAAGCCCAGCAACAUCGUGGUGAAGUCUGACUGCACACUGAAGAUCCUGGACUUUGGCCUGGCCCGGACGGCCGCCACCGGCCUCCUCAUGACGCCCUACGUGGUCACCCGCUACUACCGCGCCCCCGAGGUCAUCCUGGGCAUGGGCUACCAGGCCAAUGUGGAUAUUUGGGCUGUGGGCUGCAUUAUGGCAGAAAUGGUUCGCCACAAAAUCCUUUUUCCAGGAAGGGAUUAUAUCGACCAGUGGAACAAGGUGAUCGAGCAGCUGGGGACGCCGUCUCAGGAGUUCCUGAUGAAGCUCAACCAGUCGGUCAGGACCUACGUGGAGAACCGGCCCCGGUAUGCCGGCUACACCUUCGAGAAGCUCUUCCCCGACGUCCUGUUCCCCGCAGACUCCGAACACAACAAACUGAAAGCGAGUCAAGCCCGGGACCUCCUAUCCAAGAUGCUGGUAAUAGACGCGUCCAAGCGGAUCUCGGUGGACGUGGCGCUGCAGCACCCGUAUAUCAACGUGUGGUACGACCCGACUGAAGUGGAGGCGCCGCCGCCCGCCAUCACAGACAAGCAGCUGGAUGAGAGAGAGCACACAGUGGACGAGUGGAAAGAGUUUAUAUACAAAGAAGUGCUGGACUGGGAAGAAAGGACGAAGAAUGGCGUCAUCAGGGGACCGCCAGCAUCCAUAGGUGCAACAGUGAGCAGCAGCACCGCACCUCCGUCCUCCUCCGUCAACGACGUCUCCUCCAUGUCCACCGACCCGACCCUGACCGACACCGACAGCAGCCUGGGAGGCGGCAACCGCCGCUGCUGCUCCAGAUGACUAUCAUCUACACCUCCUCUUGGUCCUGGUCUGGGCCUCGCCCCCCUGGUCACAUCUAAGACCAACCCACUUGCCCAACACUGGCUCCUGG